CCGCGUUGCGUUCGCGAAAUAAGUGCUCGAGUGAUUCACUAAAGAAUAUUACAAAUUUGCAUUUGCGAAAAAUAUUUGAAUGUGAAAACUUCAAGUGUGAUGAGAAAUAAGGGCAAAGUAAUUUCAACUGUUUGUUUUUUCGCCUGGCAUUAUAAUAAUUUAACGUUUUAAGCGUUGCAAACAGUUGGCGCUGAAUAACUUGGCGUAUUAUUAACGCUUGAUUUAAAAUAAAAUAACAACAACAAAACCGCAACUGCAUUCGAAUAAAAACAAAAAAAAAUCAUGUAAAAAUCAAAAGUGUGCAAAUAAAGUGUGAAUAGAUAUGCCAACAGGCAAAUAUCGUUAUAAUAUUUAAUAUUCAUAGUUUCUAUAAAAGUGCAUAUAAGCAAGUACUUCGGUCAAGUGUUUGUGGUUGUUGUUUUUUUUUCUGCUGUGAAUAAACAGAAACUGAAGUGACAUUGUUCAUAUCAAAUAAUGAAUAUUUAAAAGUGAGUUGAAUCAUCUGAUGAAUAAUGGCAACAUAAUUUCAAAAUAAACUCAAAUUCAAUUUUGUCGUCUGUUCGAUCAGCUUACAAUGAUUUUUAUGCACUUGCAACACAAUGGUUAGUGAGCUUUAAACUAGCAAUUGGCUGCUCUGCUGCUGCUGCUGUCAGAGCAACAAGAAGUGUAGCUAAAGCGAGCCCUACAGCUUUAGAAUGAAAUGGAGAUGCAAAUCGAUGCUGGUCAUGGACCAAGAACAACAACCAAAGCCACCACAGCAGCAUACGAGUACGCAUACAACUGUCGUGUGGCACAGACAGCUUGGCGCGAAGUGUGGCAGCCUUUCAUUAGCUGUGAGUCGCAACAACAACAGCGCAACGACAACUACCACCGCAAUAGCACAACAGCAACAACAUUCCAGUGCACACUGCAGGCAUUCGAUAGCGUCGAGCAGAGAGCUUUUUAUGCGUGUAACGCAACACUUUCCGAGACUCAGGCAGCCACAGUUAGUGCCUGUGCACUAGACGCGCAACUGUUGAUGCCAGCAGAGUAUAACGAGGCGUAUGCGCAUUUUCAACUUGCAAUCAAUGAAAAUGUUCGUGAUAAUGUGAGUGAUACGUUAAGUUUUAGUGACAGCUGCAAUAGACAACUGCUGCUUUGCGAGCCCAGCGAGCUGCAGCAAGAGCAACAAACGACGCUGUUGUGUCAACUGCAGGCGGAAAUUGAAAACUCAACAUCAGAGACAGCAGCGACAACCUUGCUCGACUAUCAAAUUGAGCUGAGCGAUAGCCUGUGGUCUUCCCCCUGGCUGAACCUGAGCGAGCUAAUAGACACUGUUGCUGUCGCCGACAGUCUCAGCAAUGCAACCAGCAACGCAGCCAACAGCAGCCUCAACAUUAUGCUAUCCAACUACACGCUGCCCAGCUCGGCGCUAACCACAACAUCCACAACGCUGGCAGCGACAACCGGCAGCGACAUUCUCAUAUCGCGCAGUUUUCUGGACUACACGCCCCAUGGCUACGACUGGCUGUUUCUGUUCGUUGUCUUCUUCAUAUUUGCGGGUGGUCUGGGCAAUAUACUCGUCUGUUUGGCCGUUGCGCUGGAUCGCAAGCUACAGAAUGUGACCAACUAUUUUCUGUUCUCGCUGGCCAUUGCCGAUCUGCUCGUCAGCCUGUUUGUCAUGCCCAUGGGCGCCAUUCCAGCCUUUUUAGGCUACUGGCCUUUGGGCUUUACGUGGUGCAACGUUUAUGUGACUUGCGAUGUGCUCGCCUGCUCCUCGAGUAUUUUGCACAUGUGCUUCAUCAGUCUGGGGCGCUAUUUGGGCAUACGGAAUCCGUUGGGAUCGCGCCAUCGUUCCACCAAACGGCUGGCGGGCAUUAAGAUAGCCAUUGUUUGGGCCAUGGCCAUGCUGGUGUCCAGUUCAAUUACAGUGCUGGGGCUGGUGAACGAGAAGAACAUUAUGCCAGAGCCAAAUAUUUGCGUUAUUAACAAUCGCGCGUUCUUUGUGUUUGGCUCGCUGGUGGCCUUCUACAUACCGAUGCUGAUGAUGGUGUCCACAUAUGCACUCACCAUUCCAUUGCUGCGCAAGAAGGCGCGCUUUGCCGCCGAGCAUCCGGAGAGCGAGCUCUUUCGCCGCCAUCCGAAUCGACGUGCCUCGGUGCGCACAAGCGUUUCGCAGCCACAAUUGAGUUAUACCAGAAAUGGCAAUGGGGCUGUCGGCAGCACAGCUGGAGGAGAAGCAGGAGCAACAACAACUGCUACAACGAGCUGCACAAAUGCUUACGGCGGCUCCAGCCGCAUGAACGUUGCUACUAUACAUGGCCAGGGCCUGGGCCAGGGCUCGAGCACAGGCAAUCAUCAGCAGGAGCAGGUGACGACAAUACCAACGGCAGAGGAGCGGCGCAAUAAAUUGCGUCCAUUUAAGUUUGCCUUAAAUCGCGUUGCCACGCCCGCGCUCAAUUUACGUUUUCUUAACAGCCGCGCCAAGCGCAACAGUUUGUCGGCCAAUGCCGUAGCCACGGAGCAGAAGGCGACGAAGGUGCUCGGACUGGUGUUCUUUACAUUUGUGCUGUGCUGGUCGCCGUUCUUUAUACUGAACAUUAUCUUUGCUGCCUGUCCGGAGUGUCCGGUGCCCGAGCAAGUUACGAACACGUGCCUCUGGCUGGGCUAUGUCUCUUCAACGAUCAAUCCGAUUAUUUAUACCAUCUUCAAUCGCACAUUUCGCGCGGCCUUCAUACGUUUGCUCAAAUGCAACUGCGAGCGCUCCGGACGUCCAUUACGUUAUCGCUCUGUGACCGAGGGUCGCGGCGCACUUAGCCUGUGCGCUCCCUCGGCGCUGCCGCUGGCAAUUUCAUUUCAGGGGGCACCAUUAAUGACGCCAUCAACAGCGAAUGCAACACCGUUGAGCGAGUUCCGUGGCGCUUAUACAAUCGACGAUGACGAAUGCUAAGUAAAACCGCCGCGUCGCGCUAAACUAACACGAAUUUAUAGACCAUCUAGCAGCGAGAGUGUGACUGACUGACUGUCUGUCUGUCUGUUGUAUGGCAAGCAGCUCUCUCAGUCAGGCCAUAAUUGAUAGCAUGGCACUGCUGCACUAGCUCUACUUGUAAGGAUGUAAUCAAAUCAAAACUACAGGGUGAUUCAUUCAUGAAAAUCAAUUCAAAUCAAAUGGGUAACUAAUUUGUUAGAUGUGUAUCUAUCUAUAUGCUGUACCUACUACAAUACAUUAUUAAUAAUAACUUUUAAGUAGAAAGCUCUUUCAUAUCAUCAUUAGCUAAGUGUGACUGUACCUGUCAUUUUCACGCCGCCAUUUUGUAGCUGUGCUGGCAACAACAAAAACUCUCAACUGUAUUUAAGACGAAAGCAUUUCCGACCUACAAAACUACAAAACAAUACACAUACAUAUAAACUAUAUAUAUUUUGAAAACUAUAGAAUGUUAGCUAUUAGCUCGUUAUUACCUUGUAGCUGUGUUUGUUAGUCUCACCUAAAAUCCAUAAACAUUUAAGUGUAAUAAUAAUAAUAACAAUAAGCAUUAAUACCAAAUGUACUGUGACUACAAAACGAAUCUCUGCGCUGUACGAGAACAACUCAAAUGUCAUGACAGCCCUCAGCCCUCAUGCUCUUAUUUCAUUUUAUGUGUGUAGCUUUUAGCAAUUUGCUUUUAUAUACAUACACAUAUACAUAUGUAUGUACUUAGCCUGUAUCUAUGUAGGUAUUAGCUUAAGAAGAACUCUCUGUAACAUAAAAUACCUACAAUAUUCAUGAAAUGCAGCGCUAAAUAAAAACUACUCAACAGGAUCGCAUCCCUGUUGCUAUGUUCUGU